CCCCACACGCACACUGGCUCAGUGUCCUGUCGGGUCCUCGCCACACCACCACCACCACAACCACCUCCGCCACACCACCACAACUUCUCAGCAGAUGAAGAUGUCUGGAGCGUACCCCGCCCCGCCCGCCUCCACCACCAGGGGCGCCGGCUUCCCCAGCAGCGCUGCCCUAGUGGGAGGCGGUCCCUCCCUGCCCUCCUGGGUGCUGGAGCAGAAGGAAGCUGCUAGGAUCGCCCACCGGCGCCGUCUGCUGCAGGAGCGAGCUGUCCGGAUCCACCAGCCCCGAGCCACCUCCAUAGCGGUGGACGUGGAGGGACUGUCCCAGCAGGUCGAGGAGCGCCGCCGUCAGGAGGACGGCGCCCGCCGCACCGAGGAGGAAUUUGGUCGUCUGGCAGCGACGCAGGACAGAGCCGCACUUCUCAUACAGCACCAGGAAGACAAGGAGCGUGAGGGCAGACGAGACGACCUGCUGAGGUACUGGCGGGAGGAGCAGAGGCCAGAGCGACGCCGGGAACACGACCUCAACUCCCACCAGCACCUCGCCUCCUCCCUCUACCAGCUUGAGUUCGAUGGUGAGGACGAGGGCAUGAGCGAGAGGCUGCGGGCCCAGAAGGAGCAGACGAAGACGUGGCUCCAAGAGCAGCAGCAACAGCAGCGACAGCGGCUCCUUCAGGAGAGAGAGAGAGACAGAGUGGAGGAGCUGGAGGCGCUGGAGGCGAGCGAGCGCGCAAGAGAGCUCGCCGAGGCAGAAGAUCUGUGCCGGCGCGCUGAGCAGCUGGCUAUCGACAAGUACAACGAGGCUCUGAGCAGAGAGAGGGAGAGCGCUCGGUGUGCCCAGCGCCAGGCGGACCUGAAGGCUGAACAACAGGAGUUGAGGAACGCUGUCUUGGGCACCUUCCUGACGGAGGACCCGACCGUCGCGCGGAGUGCUCUCGGCCCCCACCGUGUCAUCCCUGACAGGUGGAAGGGAAUGUCAGCGGAGCAGAAGCGGCACAUCGCAGACAUCCGCGCCCAGCAGGUGGAGGAGAGGAAGCAUCGCCAGGAGCUGGAGGCGCGGGACGCCGGCAUGUGGGAGGCCGUGGCCGCCCGGGCUGACCGCGCAGGGCUCCUCAUCUCUCACUCCGAGCAACUCCAUCGUAGGAGCCUGGAGGCAGAGGUGAGGGAGACUAACCUGCGCCUGGCGGAGGACCAACGAUCGGAGCAAAGUCGUCUCAACCACCUUCUGACUACCAACGUUCCCACCGACCACUUUUACAGCAAGUUUGGCGGCCACCCUCGCUAGCGUCUCCCAUCCCACCGCUGCCACCAUCAUCAUCACCGCCUACUGUGCCCACCGUGAUGAAUAGAAUCUUCAAGAUUGCUAUUUCUUUUGUUCUUAUCUACACGUUUCUCUCUCUCUCUCUCUCUCUCUCUCUCUCUCUCUCUCUCUCUCUCUCUCUCUCUCUCUCUCUCUCUCUCUCUCUCUCUCUCUCUCUCUCUCUCUCUCUCUCUCUUUCUUUGGUCCCUUGGAUUGAUAAUUUAAGAUACAAUCUCUCAUUCAUAACUCAAUCUCAUUGUUUAUAGCACCAACAUGCGAUAUGAAACUUUCAGGACCAAAGAGCUGGAGCUCAACCUCUGUAUAAGCACAAUUAGUUGAGCAGAUAUUCCUCCCAAAGUCUCGUAUCACACAUACUUAAGCAUUCUUCUCUCAAUAAGCACAGUCAAUGAAUAUCUUUUGUACUUGUUUCUCAUUUGUCAUGCACUGUGUAUAUGUAUGUCCUUAUGUUUGAAAUAUGUAUUAGUAUUACAUACCUCUCAUUGUAUAAAUCUUCCAAGUUA